CGCGUAUUGAUUUGCUGGCAGCUGGACGUAAGGCGCAAGGUGACGAAAGAAAAAAAACCUCUGACAAAGAGUACUCCACGGUUGGGUAAACUCUUUCAAGUUCCAUCUUUCCAUUUCGCGCGAAGAGGUCGUCGGUGCUGCGUGUGAAGCAAUGUCUAGUCAGAUUCCUCCACUGGUUUGUCACACACCCCCACCGAUAGACUUCGAUCGAGAGGAUGACGAGGAUGAUUAUGGGCCGGACAUACCAGAUGAUGAUGAUGUGAUCGACGACGAUGGCGAUCAAAACGUAAUCGGCUCACUGGAUGAUGAUUUCGGCGAUUUUGCCGCGGUCCCCUUUACACUGGGGAAACCGUUCCCAAACGAGGCUGUGAUAGAUGGUGAACCAGAUCGAAAGGAGCAAGGGAGCCGUGUAACAGAGAAUUCGUUCGCCGAGCGAAUGGGAAACGACAGUCCACCGUCACUAGUUUUGCCACCCAACGACUUUAGUGCAGGCAUUGGCGAGGGAGACGAAGAAGAGGAUGACAUCGAUUUCCAGCCGUUCGGUUGUCCUACACAACCAUCAGAUCCGCCGCCGGAGGACUGCAUCAGUUUGCCCUCGCUGCAUCUGGACGCCGAUGUGUCCAGGUCCGAGGAAGACGACAACAUUUCCGCAGCUGUUCAGGUAUCCGUGGGAUCCGGUAUCGAUACGGAAGUAGAUCUGCCAGCGGCAGCGGCAGAGCGGACAACGCCCGUCAUCCAAGAAGGUAGCCGGUUCGACGAUAACACGGAGAAUGAUUUUACCGACUUCACAACCGCAUCGAACGAGCGAUCGUCGGUGGUACUGGAAAUUCCCACGGCGAACGAUGUGUCCUUUGAGCUGGACGACUUUGCGCAGCUGGAAUCGACACCAUCGGUGGACAGUAAUUUUGUAUCACAGCAAAGCCGUACCGAUUUCGCGACCUUUGACGCAGAUUUUAGUAAAUUUGACUCAUUCCAAGCAUCUUUUCCGGCCACCGGAGACGAUGGUGCAGUGCCACUGAAAACAACAACACCGGUCGACGAGGCGAAGAGCGUGGCGUUUGGCGAACAAUCGACCAGUGGACGAAAACCAACCGAUCUGCUGCCUGAGGACGAUUUCGACGAGUUCCAAGAGUUUGCGACCUUUUCCGCACAGCCAAAACCAAACGAAGGUGCCAAUUUAGCGCCAGAACCGGCCAACGAUGCCAGCAACAGAGAAGAAGAGCAGACCUUCAAAACGACAAGCAGUCCCGCUGAUGGCGGUGGCAAUUUCGCCGGCACCGAGGAUGAUGACGAGUUUGGAGAAUUCAGUGAUUUUCAGCAACCCGAAAACUCGCCCAGCUCGACGGCAGUGCCGACUUUUUCCAUGGAAACGGUACAUAACCUUUUGGAGAAAAUGUUUCCGACCUCAGAAUCACCAGUGGCUACCGAUACCGGUCAACGGAGCUGGGUUAUUCCAGAAACUUCACUACACUCCCAGCUACAGGACUUUGAUAAUACCAAUGCUGUGGGCUAUCAGUACAGUAAAUCGUCAAGUGGCAAAGCCCUCGUAACCGCACUUGGAAUCGAUUCCCGAAAUAUCAUGUACGGCCCGAAAUGGAACAGCUCGAUGCCACGGUUUGCAGCCAAUCUUAGCUUUAAUCCUCUCGAACCGUUAAAACCGAGCCCUGUGGCACCCAAAGAAGCGCCAACCAGUGCAAACGAAAAGAGUGCCGGCGGCGUAACGUUUUUAAAGAUGACAAUGAACUCGAGUCUCGAACCACCGCAACCGAUCGUUGCCAGUGGCUCAGUUCCGGCCGCGCAGUUCGAUUGGAACAGUUCGGGAUUGGUGAACCCCCUUGAAGCCUCACAUGCACACACAUUAUUAUUGGACCUCGAACAACUAGAGGUGAUGGCAAGUCUGAAAGAUAAAAUAAAUGUUGAUUCCUCCUCCUACUCCCCCGCACACCGGUUCGCGCCAAACGUGGUCCAAACCGUGCAAACGCAUUCGCCAACAACUGGUGCAACAAUGGCUGCGAUAACUGUUACUACUACUACAUCUCAAUUGCUACCAUCACCUUCACUACUACCAAUACCACCACCGCCACAAUUACCACCAUCUUCUGCAUCACUUCCGUUGCCAACAACAAAUAUGAAUACAAACAAUCACCUGAACAAACAAUAUAAUCAACACCAACCACCACUAACGAACGACAACAAACACCACCACCACGGCGACCUGGCGCAUCCUGGCGUACCGGCCACACCGACCUUGCUCUGCUUUACCGAUGCCAACGAUCGUGAUCUCAUGAUUACGAUGACUUCGCCAAUGGCGCCGGAAUCAAUGGUAUCUUCGGUGCACCCUGACGCGACACCGUCACUACCGGUGACAUCCGUGGCGGGGCCGGGCACGGGCACGCUAUCCUCUUUGUGUGUUUCCUCCAACGUCGACGUUCUUUCCGUGUCACUCGCUGGCGCAAUGCAAUCGUGCACCGCGGACCGGCGCCAAUCGUUUGAUGAUUACUUGGAUCUUAGUGUCCAGGAGAUGCUCCAAAAAGCCCCUGCUGGUGAGCCCGCGGAUGGGGCAAAGGGCGAAGUUUUGGAUUCGAAAGUCCCAGAAGACACAGGCCCGCCUGUUGCAAAUGACCUAGCAGUAGUGAGCCGAGCGCCCGAAGCCUCCUCACCCGCACCCGCCCCUGCGGUGCAGUCCACCGAGGACGACGAGGAUGUCCGUUCGCUCGAUUUUAGCAACACGCACGGUAGUAACGCUCACUAUUCUACUGCCAGCUUGUCCCCCCAAGCAAUGCUCGAGCCUCAGCAACAGCAACAUUAUCCCCCGAACCAACAGCAAUCUAUGUCAAUUUCCGCGUCCACCUCCCACGGCGGCAGUGUGCCCGUGAUCCGCACGAUAAAGCUUCCCGAAACGCAUAUCUUCACACCCAGUCGGGGUGGGACGCCGGUAUCUCGAGACAUUACCGAUCGUGACAUUGUCCUUCGCGAGUAUCACGACGUCGAGUACAGUUUGGAGCGAUCCGCCGGUGCCCGGAAGGAGUCCGAGUCUGACGAGUUUAAUGACUUUCAAUCGGUGCCGCCCGUUGCCCAACAUUCGAUUACUUACGCAGCAGCCGCAGUGCCGCCGCCAGCUGGUGACUACGCAAAACCAGUGAUCGGUCGAUCGCCAACGGAAGAAACGGAGCAGGAGCAAAGGCAAGCCGAGUCGGUAAAACAAACUUUAGAUGCGAAACGGCACGAUCCACUCGGACAGGACGCGUUCGGGGAUGAUGAUUUUACGGACUUUCAAGCGGCACCGGCAGCUGUGGCGCAAUCGGUUGGCCAACCGGUGAAUAAACCCGUUUCCGGCGUGCAACACAAUCGAUCAAACACAAGUUCCCCGGUAAUGUUGCUCAGUCCGGCGAUACUGUUGCCACAACAAGCUGCUCCAGUGGACAGCAGGAACGACCCGGGCCAGGACGUAGCUCAAAUCAAUUGGCCCGAACCGGGAGUCGAUCCGGACGAGCUGGCGAGGUUUGAGGCCGCAUUCGCUAAACCAGUUUCUCAGGCGCCGCCACCCCACAGCCUAGUUCCACAGCCGCCGAAGGGUAGCGUCCCCUCCGCAGCUAGCCAAAAGCAGCCCAAGCCCGUUGCGUCGCACGAGGAAGAUGAGUGGACAGAUUUCAUUUCAUCCAACCCGGUGGUAAACGACCGACCGAACGUUGCAGUGACCGUUUCUGCAACCACCCAGCCGAUGGCACAAGAGGAAUGGACCGAUUUCAUUUCCAGCGCCCCGGCCACUGGUGGACCCACAUCACAGGGGAACCACCGUCUCUCGUCUAGUCAGAACCACUUCAACUACUCCCGUCCACCGGUGGCCACAUCCAAAUCGCUUAGCUCGUGGUCGCAGCCGCAGCUCCCACCGCCUCAGUUUAGCUCUUGGCACAGCGCCAGCCUUUACUACAAUCCGAUGUCAUCGUUGCCCGUGGUGUCGCAGCGUCAUCCACCGCCACCAACAACCCAAAACCCAUACUAUGCGUCCGUUGGAGGAGGUGCUCCCGCGAAAUUGCCCUCGAACACCACCCAGCACCAGCAGCAGCAGCACCACGGUGGAUACCAUCCGGCUAGGAUGGCCCAGGUAGCCGGUGCCGUCAAUCUGCUACCCGAGCUGUCCAUCAUCACACCGAACGCCGCAGGCGUAGGUGCGCCCGGUCACACCAAAUCGGCCACACAUUCCUUUCUCAACAGUGUGAUAUCGAGCAACAGUUUUGCGAAAAAAUGAUUGUUACUUCACCGCGGUUACGGCGCCCACCCUAAGGGAGGGAUGCGUAGUGGCUGUGAAGAGCGGGAAGGCAGCGCGGGACGUAAACAACAGCGCUUCCGCCUACGAAGCACACCGAUCGACGGUGGUGGUGUUGGUGGUGGCAGCAGCAACAGCAACGGCGCUGCUGGAGGACUGACUGGUGCGGUUACCGUUGGGGAUAUAAUUAUGUAAAUAACACACUCAAAGUGGCGCAGAUAUCUACUCGCUGGACGCUGGGACCCUGCCGCCGGACCCCCCCCAUCAAAAGUUUGUGUAGCUAGUGAGAAUAGUUAUCCGAUAACCAAGCAACUCCGCUCCGCUGCCGUUUCGCGUCUGUUGUCAUACUUGUUACGAGAGGGCUCUCGAGGAUCGGUGUGACCUUUAGUAGCGCAAAAACCCAACGCGCCUAAGUAGGAAUAAGCGUCGUAUUAGCCAAAAAACAAACGAAAACAAAAAUGUUGUGCCCCCCCGUCUCGGUCCUCGAAGCGUGACUACUGUGACCUCAUUGACCCCCUGUCCAACCCCUCGCUGACGCUAAUAAGCAGCUCGUUUAGGACUAAAGGUACUUAGCGCAAGAACACUUAACCGUACGGCAUCGUACUUAUUACUACGCUAGGCUCUACCGGCUGAAUGUUGAAUUUUGUUUAGAACCAUUUUAUUUUAGCUCGUACGUUUUAUUUAUCUGUACUUAAAUCCAAUAAAUUAAAUGUAACCCUUUCGGCCCCGACCAACGGGGUUGUUAGUUUCCCAAAUUGCGAUAGGAUUCGAUAGGAUUUUGUUUUAAGUAGAUUUUGCUUCGUUUUCAUUGCUACUGUUC